AUCUGUCUUUAAAACGUGGGAGAUUAAAAAACUGUGAAAUCAUUAAAGGUUGGUCGCCGGUGGAGCAAGCUUUUUUGGGUUUUUGUCUAUUUCUAUUCUCUGUGUAAGUUUCGAAGCAAUUACAGAGAGAAAGAGAGAGAGAGAGAGCAGCAGAGAAAGAAAGAAAGAAGAAAGAAAAUGGCUGAAAAAUUUGAGCUUGGUGAUGUGAAACAGCCCAAAGAAGAAGCUGAGGAAAUUGAGGCCUCUACUCAUGAUCUGCCCAACAUUAAGAGCAACAGAAACAAGCCAUCUGCACUUAAUAUCCCUGCUCGUGCUCCUGCUCAGCUUACCAUCUUCUACGCAGGGAGUGUUACCGUCUUUGAUGCAGUUACUGCAGAAAAGGUCCGUGAACUUCUUAUCGCGGCUGCUGCAGCUGCUGCUGAUAAGGUCAUUGAUGUAAAUAAUAGUGGCAACAGCUGUCCUCCAAGUCCACAGAUACAAACUGGGUCGAGUUCUCUUCAAAAUUCUUCUACUGCUCCUGGUUCACCAGUUGUCCAGCUCUACCCUGACCAGAAGAGCUCCAUUUGCAAAUUGCAAGCUGAAUUCCCAAUUGCAAGAAGACACUCUCUUCAGCGUUUCCUGGAGAAGCGUAGGGACAGAUUGGGCAGCAAGAGUCCAUACCCUACUUCUCCAGCAACACCGGUGGAUGAUAAUGCAAAGACAAACCUCAGCAAUAAUGCUUCUUCCGGUUUGGGUUGUUUCAAACAAUCUGCCGUGGGUCAGGAACAAAUUCAACCAAGUUCUGCGGCCUAGCCAUCUUGAACUUAUUAUGAAGAACUUCUGGAUCAUAUGAAACUUCUAUCUUUAUUAAAGUCUCAACAUUUCUAUGGUCCUUUAGCAAAAACCUUUUAACUGUUGAUUUGUAUGUUUCACUUGCCUGUUCAGCGUUAUCGGGGUGACAUGCAUACAAGUUCUCCCAAGCAAUUGAGCAUAGAGAAUGAACCUCAGGAUAGAUGGAGGGUCAGGUCUCGUGUUCCGUUGCUAGUUGAGAAUUUGUAAUCAUGUGGCCUGGGUUAUGCCAAGGCAUUUGAACUGUAUUUGAAUAUGGAUUGUCUAGCAUAUGACUAUUUGCGACAUUGUAGUCUUGCCUAGAACAAAUAACGAACUAUCUGGCGCAACUGUUGUUGUGUGUUGA